GCGGGACCCCGAGGGGCGGGUCACCGCGGGCUGCUACCGUAUUUGCGGAAGCCGCGCGGUCCUCGCCUGGAGCGGAGUGCCGCGGCUUAAUUACGUGUUUACCCAGGGUGGCGGCAAGGGUCAUUGGGGGCGCUGCGGGCGCGGGGGGUGGGUUGCAUCGGUCUCCCCAGGAGCCGAGGCUGCAGUGGGGCAGGAGGGGCUGCAGCUGGGUGGUGGCCUAGGCGUCUUCUCGGGGGCGGGGCUGCGACGCACGGGGGACCGUGUAGCUGCAGGUCGCUGCGGCCGCAGGAGUUGGCGCGGCUAUGCGCAGGGUGUCUGUGGGGUGCGGGGAGAGCUCUGGAUUCGUGCAGCUGCUCUGCAAUCGCAGGGUUGCGGGAGGCUCCGGUCUUUAUGGGGGCGGGGAGCAGGGGCUCGGGAGUCGCUGCGGGAGCCGCACUGUGUUUGCGUCGCACAGCGCGGACUCUAGAGGAAAGCGCCGCCGCUGGAGACCCUGGGAGGAGCUGGGGCGCAGCUUGGGCUGUGAGUGUGGCCCGAAGGGAGAACUUGAGGGAAGGACGGGGCCGUGGCCUUGGGCCUCCGGGGAAGGGGGGCCCUCAGUCGGGGGGUACAGAGAGGAGAGACGACAGGCCGCCCAGCCAGGGCCAGGCCGAGGUCGACGGAGGGACGGUCAUGGUCCAUCUUUGCAAAUGUCAGCGCAGCUGCCUGGGGAAAGGCUUGUGGGUGGGGUCCGUGGCCAGGGUACUUGUCCUUUACCCAGGCUGACCGAGCACCUGUUCCCCUUGGCUUGAAGGUCAGGGAAGACACACGGCGUGUCUGUGAGAGCUCACUCUGCAGGGGCUCGUGAUUACAGCUGAAAGUCCCCAUGACCGAGCUGGUGGCCUCCGAGGACGGAUCCCCUGUGGGGGACGGGGAGGAGGGUCUGGGAGACGAACGAGGCCUGGUCAUCCACCACCCCGCGGAGGAGCAGCCUUACCGCUGUCCACUGUGUGGCCAGACCUUCUCUCAGCAGCCCAGCCUGGUGCGGCACCAGAAGGCGCACGCCGGGGUCGGGCGCACGGCCGCCUUCGUGUGCCCAGAGUGCGGCAAGGCCUUCAGCGUCAAGCACAACCUGGAGGUGCACCAGCGCACGCACACCGGCGAGCGGCCCUUCCCCUGCCCCGAGUGCGGCCGCUGCUUCAGCCUCAAGCAGAACCUGCUCACACACCAGCGCAUCCACAGCGGCGAGAAGCCGCACCAGUGCGCGCAGUGUGGCCGCUGUUUCCGCGAGCCUCGCUUCUUGCUCAACCACCAGCGCACUCACGCGCGCAUGCCAGUGCCGCACCCGCGCCGCCCCGGCGUCUUCGGGGAGCGCCGCCCCUACUUCUGCCCGCGCUGUGGCAAGAGCUUUGCACGCGAGGGCUCGCUCAAGACCCACCAGCGCAGCCACGGCCACGGGCCCGAGGGCCAGGAGGCCCAUUUAGGCCGAGUACUAUGAUGGACGCGCCAUCUGUCACCAUAGGCCGCCUCUGGAACCCGAUCUGCGUCUGGGGCCCUUGGAGAUGGCACUGGGCUGCAGUCCCCGCUCAGGCUGGGCGUCGGGGAGAGGGGGAGGGCUGGCGUGGGGUGUCUGAGGGGCUCGGGCCGCCCCCUUCCUCUCCUCCCCCAGGGCCUUCCUCUUGGUUGGGCGCACACACAGUGGCAUUUGGCUUCAUCGUUGGUUUUGCUCCGCAGGCUCCUGCUGCCUAGAGCAGAAUGUCAGAGUUGAAAGCAUCUUGGAGAGGGCAGCUUGCCACAGUUCCCCAGGCCCAACCUCAGCCCUCAAGGCCUCCUGCCUCCGGCACCCACUCUCUGGUGUCCUUGGGAAAUCAUCCCAGUUCAUGUCUCAGUUUGCACAUCUGUAAGUUGGGGAUAGAGACCAGAGACUCCUCCUCCUUCUCCCUGGGAUACGGUGAGGAUUUGCCUGGGCGGGAUGACACCACUUGUCCAAAAAGCUUUGGCUGAGAACUUGCUGUGUACCACCUGCUGUGCUGUGUUCCACUGUGGGAAGAGCCAGAGGUGAGGACCCUGGGCCCAGACAUGUGGGCGCUGAUACCUGUGUGUGACCGGUGCCUACACAGAGGGCUGUGGGCUAUGCAGUAGUGAUAACCUGUAAAAUGCUCUGGGACCAAAGGUGACUGGCUUCACCCAGGGGACGCUGAUGGCUUUGGACCCAGUCCUGAGAAUGAAGAGGAAGCCUGUGCAGGGAUGUUUUCAAGGAGAGGUUUCUGUAGAGGAGGCUCUAAUACACUUUAUGGAGGACUUGGUGUCAGGGGGAAGGGACAUCUAAGAUUUUAAAUGAGAAGCACAUGGUGAUCUCAGAACUGAGGCACAAGGAGGGUAGAUAGAAGAGCAGGAGCUUUGGGGUAAUCUGGAUGAGAUUGAAAAUGAGGUGAUUGAAAACGAGGCCCCAGCUAAGAUGCUUGACCAAGAUUGUGCAGUGACAACCAGGAAAGCCAGGACUUGUCCCCAGGACCUCUGAUUGCAAGUUGUUGCCUUGAGUUGGAGGCCUUGGCCGCUGUUCAGCAGAUGAGGAACCGGAGGAUCGCCUGAGCUUGCUCCAAAUCACAGGAGUGCUUGGUGGGACAGCAGUCGAAGCCAGGGCGCUGUUUUGAUUCUGGACCCCCAUGACCUACGGCUGAAAAAUGGAAAAUGGAGCUGGGAGGAUUUGGGCAUUGUCUAGGAGCCAUGUGAAAAGAGCCUGGACAGUGGCAUCUAGGGGGACAGGCACCUGAGGGCACACAGAGGGAAGAUGCUGGGGGCUCUUAGAGGACCUCUGCUCCCAGAGCCCUCCCUUCAGGCCCAGGCCUGUGCUAAGGGCUGGAGACCUGUCCCUCCCUGCCCUUUGCCUGCCCCCCCCCAGUGGUUAUUGCAAUGCAGACACAUAUUUGGUGGCAGAGAAUAAGAUUAAAUAGGGUGCUGGGGCAUCUGGAGCAGUCCACCCAAAUGCCCUGCACCUAAGGAUCUCAUGUGUAAAUGGGUUAAUAUCUGCCAGUGCUGGGAAGGGGCUGAGAGGACUCCUCAAAGCCCUGGCCAGAUCUGGGGUAGGCCACUGGAGGGUCCCUCCUAGCCCCAGUGGGGGGGUGGGGGUUGUGGCGGACAGGGCCAGGCACAGCACCAGACCUGACCUUGAUCUCUUUGUUUCUGUGAACAGAUUCAAAGCAGGUACAACCUCUUGACCCAGGAGGUGCAGGGCACAUCUGGGCACAGAGACUAGGAAUCGAGUCCCACAGGGGCCUGACUGACGCUGUACCCUGGCAUGAGGACAUGCCCCCUAAGAAGACUGACCUCAGGAGGUGCCCUGCAGUGACUAGGAGAAGUUACCCGAUGGAGCCUGGGAUUAGAGGCUGAUUCCUGAUUCCAAGUCCUGAUGGAAAAACUCCCCAGGCCCAGUGGGAGUCACAGCUGGGCAGGGCUCCUCCACAUGCCUGGCCACAGACCCCAACUCUCAUGUGGCAGCAGCAGGGACAGCACCUGAGUGGAGAACCGGCUUCUCUGCUCCUGCCUGGUCCACCCUUGGCUAACAUUCAAAGACAGGAAGUGACUAUCCUAAGCCAACACAGCAAGUUGGUGUCAGAUCUGGUUCUAGAGGCAAAUCCUCCCACCACAAGUGAGCCGCAUGUGCAGGCUUCAUUUUCCUUUUGGAGCUAGAAAGGUCUUUAAUACCUUGGGGUCAUUCAGCUCUUUGAAAAUCUACUGAAGGCUAUGGACCUCAUCCCCAGGAGAACAAACAAACUCAGUCACACUCAAAAAGUCCAAGCAAUUUCAGGAGCCUCUGGACUCGACUAAGAACCUCAGCCUGGGGUCUUCACCUGCCACCCUUUCCUCACAGAGCCCCUGAGUCAAGGCCACCCUAUAAAUUGCAUUUCUCCCUCUAGCCUCCUUCCCUUGUUGGGGAAUAAAGAAUUCUGAGGUGGAAA